GAAAAUAUAAUGAUUCAAAAACCAUUUCUUACGUUUUUGACAGUUUGUCUUUGUUUUUUAAUAAUUGGUAUUGAUGCAGUAUCAGUUGUAAAUAAUGUGACUGUAUCGAGUGAAAUUUUAAGUGAAGUUUUCUUUAAUGAAAUUCGUUAUAAUCGAGAUUUAAUUAACAAAGCUAAAUUAUAUCAUAAUUCGGAAAAAUGUUUUCGUGAAUUAAGUGAAAUAAUAAAAAAGCCUACAAGUCUUGAGGUCAUACCCUUUUUUGAUUCAUGGGGGAAAUUUCCGUCUGGAAUUCUUUAUGGUAAUGUCUAUGAUAUCGGUAAUUUUGAUCAGUGCGUAAGAACUUCGGUGAAAUUCAGCGAACUUCCUGAUAACCCCGUAAAUGGACAAUUCUGCUUCGCAAGAGUUCCUCUUAAAAAUCUAGAAGAUCAACCAGAACGACGUAUUCCAGUGUUUAGCGAUGUCCCGAUUACAGGAUCGAGAGCAAGUUUGUCAGAAUUGGAACUUAGCAUAGGAAUAUGUGUUCCAGAUAGUUGCAGUGCAGAGUUUCUGACGGAUGUUCUAAAAGAAGGCCUAGGUCAUGCAGGCUUGCAAGAAGCACUCUCGGGAAUUUCUGUACAUUGGUGUACUGAUGGGAAGCCUCCACCAUAUAAGGCAAUUCAUAUUAUAGGAAUAGUAAUUUUUGGUGUUUUUGGAGUUCUGAUGGUUUUGAGCUCGCUGUAUGAAUAUUUCAUGAGAUUAUUCAAAAAAACUCCAGUUCCCGUUUUAUUAGCAUUUUCCAUUCUCACAAAUGGCAGAAAAUUAUUUGACAUCAAUACAAAAAGUUCGCCAAACACAAUCAAUUGUCUCACUGGAAUUCGUGUCAUUUCAAUGGCUUGGAUAAUGUCAUGUCAUACUUAUAUGACAAUGCAAAUGAUUCCAGCAAUUAAUCUAAUCGAAAGUGUAUCGUGGUUCAAAAAUGUUUAUUCAAUGAUUUUCAUAAAUGGAACGGUUGCUGUGGAUUCGUUCUUUUUCAUCGGUGGUCUGCUUGUUGCUUGGCUUGGAUUUCGAGAAAUGGACAAAACAAAUGGCAAACUAAAUAUAGUUAUGAUGUAUGUCCAUCGUUAUAUUCGUCUUACGCCUCUCGUAGCUGCUUCACUUUUGUACACCUUCAGUAUCAAUGAGAUCAUUUUUACAGGUCCAUUCAGGGAGAAGACACUCGGAACAGAUAAUUGUACUCCAGAAAAUUGGUGGCCUAUUCUGUUGUAUAUCCAAAAUUACUUUAUUCAAGAACCUCAAUGCUUUGCAAGAUCCUGGUAUUUGGCAAUUGAUUUUCAACUGUAUUUGUUUGCCCCCUUCCUGUUGUUGGCUAUGCGGAAAUGGGGGAAAAAGUUCUUCGCUGUUUUGCUUGUAUUGUCGUUAAUGUCAAUAGCUUGUGUGAUGACAAUUUUUAUAGCAAACGGAUUUACAAAUUUGAGAUCAUUCCAGAACCCUAAUGAAUGGACCAAGACGUACAUUCCAAUGCACACUAGGUGCUCACCUUGGCUUGUUGGCUUCGGAUUGGGAUAUUUUAUGCACAUAAAUCGUCAAAGGAAGUUCCAUCUUUCAAAGGUCUUUCAACUUUUAGCUUGGUUUGUGAGUGCCUUUAUUAUGAUUGCCGUAGUGUUUGGACCCUAUUUCACAAUGAGCACCAAAGGCAAUGGAACUGUCUUUGAAGCUGCCAUGUACGAGGGUUGGAAGCGAUUUUCUUGGGCCAUCGCCUUAGCUUGGAUCACUUUUGCCUGUCAAAUUGGAAUCGGCGGGACAGUUGAUGCAUUCCUCUCGCAUCCAUACUGGCAGCCUUUUGCUAAAUUGACGUACUCUUUGUAUCUCAUACAUUCAUUUGUUCUGAGGGUCAAUUUCGGAAUGAUGCGAACUGAAAUUUUCUUUUCUGAUUAUAAUGCUGUACUUUAUUUCUGGAAUACUUUUGGAAUUUCAAUGAUGGUCGCUAUAAUUUCAACGCUGGCCUUCGAAUCGCCAAUUUUAAUAUUGGAGAAGUUCAUAUUUGGUGGAUCAUCAAGUGACAAGAAACAAACGCCGCCGCCAUCGGAGCCUGCGAUUCAACGUGUUACAUUUGCAGAACCACCUCAAAAGGGUGUUUAGUGCUUUAUGGAAUGUGAGGACUCAAAGUCAAUAUUGUUUAUAUUCUUUGGAGAGAAUAUUUUUAAAAUUAAUAUUUGAAGGCUUGAAGUGUGUUUAUUUUGGUAUGCUCUGUGAUUAAAAUUAAUGAAACUAA